AUGCUCCCCCGCCUCCGUCCGCGCAUGCCCGGUAGGGAAGCGGAGGCGCCAAGAACUCUGAUAGGGUGGGGAGGGGGAGGGAAAAGGAAAAUUCUAAACCGACGGCCGCCGCCAUAUUGCGGACCUGUCAGCGGCCACUUUCUGGCGCGUCUCCGGCAGCGAAGCUGUAGCAGCACCAGCGAGGCCCUGACGGAGAGGAGGGACGGAAGCGAGAGCGCGCACGGGUGCGCGCCCCUCAGCCACGCUCGGAGCGGCCCUGCAGCGCCUCCUGGCCGGCUGCGGAGGGGGCUGCGCGGGCGCCGUCGUGGUGGUGGUGGUGCGUGUGUAGCUCCCCGUCUCCCACCUCCGGCCCCGCCGCCGUUUGGGACCCAAUCCUCUUUCCUGGAAGCAGAGAGGAAGAGGAAAGCGAAGAGUUCGCCGCCCCCGGGCUGCCUCAGCCUCCGCAGCCGCCAGGUGAGGGAGAAAAGCGGGCUACUUUUCGGCCGACCCCGGCGGUGCUGCUUUGCCAGGCCUCGCCCUUUCCCUCUCGCGCUCCCUCGCUUCAUCUUCACGCCUCACACCUGGGGGCAGAAGCUGAGGGAAGACGCCCCCUCCACCCUCACCCCCCCCCCGGCGCGCACUAGCGGCUCCUGCGCAAGCUUAACGGGGAUGUGGGCGGUGGGAAUCGUAAUUCCGAAAUACUGUUUAUGUAUCUGAGCGAGAGAGAAACUCUUCGCUUCCCUUCGCCCCCCUCAGCAGCGAUUAUGCCUCGUCUCUCUCUCGCCCCCCCCCACCCGACGGCGAUCCAACUCACUCCCCGCCCCCCCAAAAGGUAUUUCCUUCCGCGGGGACUCCCGACUCCCUCUCCGCUUCUCCGCCUUUUUCUUCUCCACCCGCCCACUCCCCUCAGCCCCUGAGAAAGGAAGGAAGGAAGGGCUGGUGUGAGAGGGUCACUGGUCCGGGAAGGCGUAAUUGUUACAUAUAAGUGUGUGUAUAUGUGUAUGCAUGUAUAUCUUUAUUUACAUAUAUAUAUAUAUAUAUGUAUGUAUGUAUGCGUGUGCGCGCGCGCUUAUAUAUGUAUGUGUGUACACACACACACACACGGUUAGUGUCAUAUGCUGCAGGCUGCCUCUAAUGUUUACAUUUCCAACUAACGGCAUUUUACAAGACCACCUUCGUUGCUGCUGAUUUAUUUCCUUUGUUAGCAAAAAAGGGAAAGGGCAGGCAGAGCGGGGGCUCUAACGGCAGCAGCCCGGAGCGUGUUUACUCUCUAGUAACCUCCUGCUCUCACAAACGCACGCAAUCUCAAUAGGGUUUACGAUCACUGCCUGCUUAACGCUGCUUGAGGGUUGCAGCCGAAUAACCUGAACUUAAGCACGUUUGCGUGGAAUUAAUUUCGGUUGGAUAUGCUUGGCUUAAGGGCAGGCUGUACAAUCCGGAGCUGGGGAGAAAGUUGCAGCUCGGAAGUCAGUUGUGGAAUCGGGCUGCAAGUCUUUUAACACCCCAGGCUUAAUGCACAUCUGCUUGUAAGGAAGCUCUGUUGGAAUUAUUUGCGGGGCUUAUUUCCCAGUUAAGCUUGUUUAGCGAAUUGCUGUACGAGAAUAAUCGAGUGUCGUCCUCGUCGCCGCCCCCCCCCCCCGACUGCAUGUGUAGUAAUAGUGGUCGGUAUUAUUGGGGAGAGAAUAGAAGAGAUGGGGCGGAAAUGGGGAUUGAACUUGAAGCUUCUUCUGUCAUGCGGCUCAGCUACUUGUUGCGAACGGGGACGAGUACAUUUUUAACGCGUUCCUCAUGUCGGCAGCUGCCAAACUUCUACCCAACCCCUUUCCUGUCACCGUUUCAGGAGGAGGGGGAAAGGCCAUAGAAGCAUGCAGCAGCUGAAGGAAAUGGUGACUGCUGGAGCGCUGCAGAGUCAGAAAUGAUCACCAGUCUCCAUAUGCCCCCCUUUGCCCCCCUUAUUCUUCCUAUUCUUCCCGGUACAGGUUGAAAUUUGGAUCCUAGAAUCAGACCUCAGCUGCCAGUAGACCAAGAAUCUGGAGAACUUGAAAGUAUUCCAGAUUGAAGUGGGGAUGAUGAAGCAUUUUAAAAGUAAUUAAAUGCAAAAGUUCUGCAAAAUCCAACACAAACAGAAUUUUAGCCACAGUAUAGCUCACCCAUGCGCCAAUCAUGUGUUCAUGAUAAAAGCACCCAUAAUAGACAAAUAAAGAAUGACAUCAUAUGAAACUGAUCCAAAGACUGAUGCUGUCCAUUGUUGAAAACAAAUCUACUUUUUCGUGUUUUUUGGCUUUUUAAUGUAUUGAUUUACAUAACGAGCACAAUAAUUGUAUUGUGAGUUAUUUGGGUCAGUGUUUUAUGCAAAUCUCCUUUAUGGUGGUAAGCUUAUGAACAAAGUAAUUAAAGUUAAAAGUUAAGGCUUGAGAACUUUGGCUGUAAUUCUCCACAUAGGCUUCCUAAGUCCCUUUGACUUCAGCGGGAUAUAUGCAGCCUCUAUGCUUGCAGUGCUGCAGAGCUUUAAGACUGCAAUUCCCUUAUUAAGAACAAGUGAGCAUCAGUACUGGAUCAGAUCAUGGGCCAAAGUAGAUGAUAUGGUGGCGCUGUGGGUUAAACCACAGAGCCUAGGACUUGCCGAUCAGAAGGUCGGCGGUUCGAAUCCCCGCGACGGGGUGAGCUCCCGUUGCUCGGUCCCUGCUCCUGCCAACCUAGCAGUCCGAAACCACGUCAAAGUGCAAGUAGAUAAAUAGGUACUGCUCUGGCGGGAAGGUAAACGGCAUUUCCGUGCGCUGCUCUGGUUUGCCAGAAGCGGCUUAGUCAUGCUGGCCACAUGACCCGGAAGCUGUACGCCAGCUCCCUCGGCAAUAAAGCGAGAUGAGCGCUGCAACCCCAGAGUCAGUCCCUUUACCUUUACUAUAUAGUGUGCCUGCUUUUUGUUAUUUAAAUAGCAGUUGGGAGGAGUGUAAGGAUUGGUAAGUAAGCAUGGAGUUUAAACCCUUUCCCCCUGUAUCAUGCCCCCCGAUCAGCCCCUUCAACUGCUGUUGAUACUUACAUUGAUUUAUUUGUGAAGACCCCAGUUCAGAUCCCAUUAGUAUUUAUGUGGUUAGUGUAUUUUGCCCCAGUGCACCUCACUUUACAAAUUGUUUUACUAUUUUGUUGCCCAUUCACCCAGCUUGAAGAGAUUGUUUUGGAGUUCCUCACUGACUGCUUGGUCUUCACUGUCCUGAGUUAUUUUUUUUUUCACCUAUAAAUCUCUGUUUUCAAAUAGCUUAUGAAUGUGUUAAAUAGCACCAGUUCCAGUGCUUCUUGGGAGACCCCAGUGCUUGCUUCACUCCGUUGUCUGAUUUUUCCUGCCUUUGCUCUGAAGUUUACAAAGGCAUCUUUGGUGAGGAACUUCAAAGCUUUGUAGAAGUCUUAUAGUCAUGUUUACAAGACUACUCCUGGUCCCAUGUUAUUUAUUAUACUUCUUGCCUGCCCUUCACUGUGAGGUCCCAGGGCAAGUUACAGCAAUUUAACAACAGGAUAUUAAAAACAGCUAAAACAAAUAACAGAAGAACAGUAAAAAGAAUAAGGGUGGAUCUUAAAAUAGAUAUAUUGGAUUUCAAAGGCCCAGGUAGACAUACUAAAAGUAUUCUAAAAGUCUGUCAGGCAGUGAUUUUGUUUGCAGAAAGCUGAUCCUUGUCAGUGUAAUAAAGGUUUCUUCAGGGCACUUUGCAUGUGGUGCCUCUGUAGAAGGUCUUAACAAUUUUUGUUCUACGUACCGUAUUUACUCAAAUCUAAUGCUCACCCUUUUUUGGUCAAAUUAUGUUGCAAAAGUUAAGGUGUGCAUUAGAUUUGAUGGCACAUUUACUUUUGCCAGCAAAUAUGGUACUUUUUUGGGUUUCAAAGUUCAGAGAAUUGAGGUAAAAUUGGGAAUAUAAAAUAUUUUUCUUAUUCUGGUUAAGAAAACAUAGUUUGUAGGAGUCCAGAGUAAGGAAUUGAAGAAAAUGAGCUACCAGCACUAAUUUGCUGAGUAGCCAAGUGAUGCAAUGCUUAACCUUCUUCAUUCAUAAACAGAACCUGGUUUGUAAUUUUAUAUUAUGUAACAGAUUUUAAUGAGCCUUUUGUGAAGUACUUUAUCAAUCUGAAGCUGGUUUGGAGAACCUUGUUCAACCUGAGAGCUGCUUUGAGGGGGACAUGGGGGGGGGAGGGUGAGAGCUGCAUUCCUGUGGUAGGUUUAGCCAGAGAGGUGAAAGUGGAUGCAGCAAUGGAUGUGAGUCUGACCUUUGUACAGAGACCAUCCUACAGGCAGGCAUUGGCUAGAGGUUUAUACACACCCACCCUUAUGACAAAAAGGGAAAAAAAUUGCGGGCAAGGGUUCCCUUCCUGUGUACCUGGCCAUUCUGAAGUUUGAUUUUGUGUAUCUGAUUGCAUAUUUGGUAUGAAGGCAGGAGUGUAAGUAGAAUAAAUACUGAAAUAGAGAAGAAAACCAUUUUGGUCUAGUUCUUGGUUCUGAUCCUGCCCAUUUGUGACAGUGAGUGAGAUUUACUGGAUGUGUGUUAUCUGCUUUUUGAACCCAAGUCUGUAGCAUGAGACAGAGCAUCUUUCUAGUCCUUCCUGGAGACAAGUAAGCAAAGUUUGCUGAUGAUACCAAGUUGUUUGGGGUAGUUGCAAUCCUCCAAAUACCACAAAUUGCAAAAAGAACCAAAUAAAUUCUCUACGUAAAGUUGUUCUCAAGUUUUUAAAAUACAGGUUUUGGCAAACUACCCCCUCUGAUUGAGUAAAAGAGGUUUGGUUUUUUUUCUUUUGCUAGAAUGAAACUGCAGUCACAUCUAUUCUAGACUGCUUUUCCAGUGCAUCUUCAGCUAGAUCCCCUAUCUUGUGUUUUUUUUAAAAAGCACCUAUAAUAAUAAUAAUAAUUUUAUUAUUUUUACCCCGCCCAUUUGGCUGGGUUUCCCCAACCACAUUGGGUGGCUCCUAACAGAAUAUUAAAAACACGAUAAAACAUAGACAUAUUGUGGUGACCAUAACAAAAACAUUUGGUUCCUAGCUUUUAUAUCUCAGUUUCUAACAUUGAUUGUCGUUUUUAUGGCAGGCAGUGCAACAUCCAUUUUUUAAUGUUGUGCUUAUUGUAGGUAUGUGUUUGUUUUUUGCUUAAGAUAUUGUAUGUCGCUUUGAGUUGCCAUGACAAAAAAGUGAUUAAUAACUUUAAUAAAUAAUACUAAAACAAUUUAUUAGCUUUCCCAUGCUCAUGAAUAUGUAAGAUAAAAACAGAUUCAACAGACACAAAAAGGUUAUCUUUUAUAAAUAAUAGGCUUUUGGCAAACAUUAUGUGGAAAUGUCUAUUAAAAAUAGCAUUUUCUGUAGUUUGUAAAAUGUCAGCUGAUGAAGAGUUCAAGGGCAGAGGAAUGGAUUUUCUGCCUUGAUUAUAAGAUGCUGCAGUCUUACAUCCACAAUGUGUAGUGGAUUGAAUACAUAUAAUGUAGGUCAAUUUUCCCCCAACCUGGUGCCCUCCUGAUGUGUUGGUCUACAGUGACCAUCAGCACCCCCCGUCAGCAUGGCCAUUGGGUAGGAAUAAUGGGAGUUGUAGAUCAAAGCAUCUUGCAGACAUUAGGUUGUGGAAGGCUAUGGUAGAGCAAGGCACAUUGUACAAGCUGGAUAUAGACACUUGAAUAUGAUGAUGCACUAACUCAGCAGUUUAUUCCCAUCACUUGUAAUACAGCUAAGACUGGGGUUGGGAUGGGUGUGGUGGGGGAAUCUGCUUCUAUAGCCUGUCUGGCAUAGUGACUGUCAAAGUGUUUGGUACUGGAUUUGUUUAGUUUUUAUUAACAUUAAUUUGGAAGCUCCCUGUGUGAUUUUCAAAACUGAAAGAUGGCAAAUAAAUGUUGUAAACAAAUGCUAUUAUACUUAAGUAAUAAGUAGAUAGUGUAGAUUUCCUGAAAUACCAUAGAAUUCUUCCAGCAGCCUUUGUGUUUAAUCUUUACGUGGAUCUGUCCAGCUUCAAACAAAGAAAUAAUAAUGUUUUUUGUUUUGGUGCUCACAAGCAAAAUGUUAGGAUGUGCCAACUGUAAAGACUAGAAUUUUCUCUUUGUACAUGUCUAAUUAAGCACAGUCUUCUGAAAUUUUCAUGCACCAAUUAUUUCUGCUCCUUCCAUGUAAAAUCGAUGUAGCUAUGCAAAGCAGAUGUAUAUGUAUAUACUUAACAGCAUAUUGAACAUUUAUAGUAUUAAUGGGCCAGUUAUCUUAUUAGUGAAAUGUGAACUGCAUGUAGUUAUAAAUAAUUACUUUAUUUCAACAGAAAAGUACAAAGAUUGUGGUACAGCAGAUGAUUUAA